AUGCCACUUGAUACAAACGGAGUGAAUCUGUCUCCUGUACCAGCUACCCAGCAAAGACCGGCUGCCUACGCUUCAGCAGAUGAUGGGGAGCUUCACUCCGAUACUAUUGAGGUGCAAGCUCAUGCACAUCCUCACACUUCAGAGCCAGCGAUUUCGAACGUAGACGGUUCAAUAGAGACUAGAUCGACCGGUUCCGGCCCUCCUAGUGGAGUCUUUGUCAAAGAAGCGUCAGAAGGCUCUCGGGCGUCGCCUUGGGCUACUGACUGGGUAUCCAUGCAGAGCGACAAUCCGGCCCACAACGCGUUAGAAGCCUCUCCGAUGUCCAGGCAUUUUUCUGCCAGUCCGGCACUGAGUGUACAAGGCGAAAGUCACACAGGCCCAGGUGCAGUCACGGGCAAACAAGCCCUCGGACUCGAUGAGGCAACAUUGCAAACCGACAGCGAUCCUGAUUUCAGACAUUCUAUACCACUACCCGCCCCAAAUCGACCUCCUCCACAGACCUUCACAGCGACUUCUCAUGCGCCGCAAGGAUAUUACAACACCCUCAAAAUGACGAUGCCUAGUUCAGAGCCCAAUGGCUCUCGAGAGCCGAAAACAUCAUCCCGCAGAGUCAAGCAGUACACACUACCGAGUGGCGCUGUUGUCUCAGGUAAAGGUCUUGGCCGUGGGAGACCUGGCAUCAAACGUGGUCCGCGCCAGCCUAAGUCCGGCGAACUAUCAACCCCGGGUACUGCACCAGACUCUGCUUCUGUCACACCCAAAUCUGCACCCUCAGGAUCUAAAAAGAGGGGCAGAUCUACGUCAGAUGUUGGGCGAUGGGAGUCAAUGACGCCAGACUCCUUAUUUCCCGAUUCACCAGAGUCCCCUCCUGAAUACAAUCCUACAGAUGAAACGCGAUCAGGUCGCAAGAUCCAAAAGCCUCCCAGUGUCCAGCCUCAAGCUACUGAGUCCGCAAGUCCCGCCUCCAAGAGACCAAAACUUGAGAGUCGGAACACCGCUCCUGUUACCUCGCCAGCAUUGAAGACACAUCCCAAGAUCAAGAGGCGUCUGUACCGAGGCCGGGAACAAUUAGCUCUAUGCGAGCACUGCCAACGCGGGCAUGGUCCCGUCGGCAAUGUUAUUGUUUUCUGCGACGCUUGCAACAAGUGCUGGCACCAGCGCUGCCACGAGCCCCAAGUACCGCAAUCUGUCAUCGCCGACAGCAAGGCGGAAUGGUUUUGCGCACACUGCGAAAAGAUUUUGCAUGGCAAGAAAGGCAAAAAGUCCAAGGUGGCCAUGCCAACGAGCGUUACUACACAAUCACAACCACCACAAUUCGUCGGGCCUCUCGUCGGCGGGGCUGCCUUGUCACAAGCUCAGAAGAUCGCGUUUCUCGAAAGUCGAACCAAGGAACAACUCAUCUCUCUCAUCUUAUCCGGCAGUGACCUGGCGCCGGCAUUACCCAUGUUUCAAAUCCCAGCACCGCAGCUGCCACAAGCUCAAUUCAAGUCCAACUACACCACACCGGUCACCUCGCUUCUUCCUUUCCAGAUUGUCGCUUCCGCCGAAGCUGAGGAUGAGGGCUAUGAUUCAUAUUUCGACGAGCAUGCCGCGCUGUAUCCGAAGCCUGGAAACGGCGUCAAAUUACCUCCAGACAGCGCAGAUGUGAAUAUACUGUUAGAACAUCCGCAGAGCAGGACCUUCAGUCACUGGAUCAGGGGCAUGCCCACCAGGGAGUUCAGUGGGAACAGUGACAUUGUCUUCUCAAGGCAGUGA